AGCCCUUUCUCACAAAAAAAAACAAACAUCCAAGCUAAAUCACCCCAAACCAUGUGGCAAAAUGUGUUAUGGUCUGAUGACACCAAUUCCAAAAGGUAUAAUAAUUCCAUAAUUAAAAAAGGUAUGUUUGGUGCGAAAAAAGGACAUCACCAAAAGUACACUAUACUCAGGUUGAAGCAUGGUGGUGGCAACAUUGUGCUUUGGGGCUGCUUUUCUUCAUCCAGAACUGGGGCUUUUAUCAAGGUGGAGGAAAUCAUGAAUAGCUACAAAUACCAGUCCUUCAGGUGUCUGUCAAAAAGAUGAAGAUGAAAAGGAAUUUCACCUUUUAGCGCAACAAUGCCCCAAAGCGUACAUCCAAAUCAACAAAAAAAUGGCUUAACCAAAAGAAGAUCAAAGUUUUUGAAUGACCUAGCCAGAGCCCAGACCUAAAUCCAACUAAAAAUCUGUGGGGUGACUGGAAGCAGGCUGUGAACAGGAAAUGCCCUCACAAUUUGAUGGAGUGAGAAAAUAUCAAACCUACCAUUUUAACAGGGGUGUGUAUACUCUUUAUAGCCACUGUAGGUCUAUGAAGUCAUAUGGUCUAUUAGACAUCAUGUUAUGCAAAGCUGGAGGAAGGUUUUUGUCUCAAGAACUUAGACUUUACAUAGCAGAAGUAUUUGAUGUAGUCUGUGUCACAGUGUUACUUCAAUGGCUACUACUACAAGAAAGUAUUUGGAUCUGGAACUCGGCUUAUCGUCACUGGCCUCAAUCAAAUGGAAACAGUGUGUUGCUGUGCCAGGCAAGAGGCAUGUUCCCAGCGCUGGUGAGAUUCACGUGGCAAGCAGAAGAUCAGCAUGGAAGAAAAGUGGAGCUGAGAGAUGAUGAGCAGCUGGAGCAGAGAGAUGAGGAUCAAGUCCAAAUAACCAGCAUGCUCAUCGUAGAGAAAGACAAAGCCAUGAACAAUAAAUUCACCUGCUCUGUUCAACAUGACAGCAGCUUUGAUGACAUCACUCCAAGAGGUGUGUUUGAGCUCAGCCACACUCUGUACCUGUUCAGUGUGUUGUAUGUGAUGCUGCUGGCGAAAAAUGUGGUGUAUUUCUGCACCGUCUCCGUCCUAUUGUGCAAGAGAAAUAGAGCGAGCAAGGAGAUGUUCAGGAGCAAAGCUAAACACGCCAACAAAAGCUAAACCUAUCAGCCAAACACACGGCGUUUCCAUUCCAUAUUUUCCAUUAAUUCCCUCUGAAGUAGAAUUUGUAUUAGUACUUGCUUUAUAUCCUCUUUUUUCUGUAAUUUUACAAAAGUACUGAAAACUUUAGUGAUUAUACUGAUGUGUAUUUCAAAUGGACAUCUGUCUAUAUACAUUCACUUUUAAACUUUUAUACCUCUUUUAUCUGUUACCAUCUUGAAAAGUGCUUUGUAGUUUUUUUUUUUCCUGUUCGUCUAAAUAUACUGUAUAGACAAAAUAAAUAAUAGGGUCUCAGUUCAUUUUAAACUAUUCUGUGUCUCUUACUCUGCCUUUUAACAUGUUCACAAAAUGGUCUCUUGAUUAUAAAUAUGAAGAAUAUUCUGGCAUUUUCAGUGUCAUUUGGAGUAAAUAGGUUUGGGGUGUUUCCUCACAGUAAUUAGAUCACUGAGAGAUGGUACAGUGGGUAGAAUUUUAAGCACUUAGGAGGGUUUCAUUAUGACAUUUUCAGGAAACUUAACCGUGUUUCAAAUCCUGUACUUUUAACACACAUGUAGAGUCCCCACACCAUUGGUGUAGCACUUUGAGGUUCAUUAUUACUCAUGAUACUCGUGUAAGUGUUGCAAGGUAAAGCUCAAAUGACAAUGUCCUCAAUUAGUUAAAGUUUCUGGAUGUAAAUAGGGGAGCACGGGGAACAAGCUAAGAUUUUGCUCCUUUUUAUGUUAUGACACAAGGUCAAGCCACAUGAACACAUUUGCUAGCAAUGGUCUGCAGCAGUUUCAGAACAAUUGCCCUGUGUUCCCAAGAAGUCUGUGUCGAAAAGUGCUUUCAGGACAUAUAAUUGUAAGUUUUUUUUUGGUUACUGAGCAGUUUGUGUAAAUGACAGAAUCUGACCUUAUAUUACUUUAAACACCAUCUUCUUGCCUAAAAUGUAGUAAUGUUUUGAAACAUGUGACCAACUCACAGUAAGUGUUACAAAGGCUUAAGUCCAACCGCCAUACUUUAUUAGUUAACAUAA